GAUAUAUUGAAUAGGUGUGGUUUUAAUUUUUAUAAAAUCGUAUAAAUUCUGUUAAGUUGGUCCCAGAUUGAAUUUAACUUCAACAUCAAAAAUAAAUAAGAAAUUUGUAUGGUGUUGACCAAUUUCUUUAUAGAAACACACAGUUCUAUAAAAGUAUGUAACAAUGAAUAUAAAAGUGCAUUUCAUCUGCAGAUAAAAUUUGAUUAGUAAUUUUAUUGUAACAAUGAGCAAGUCAUUCCACUGACAUUCAAAUGUACUAGGCCUUACAAAAAAUGAUGUAAUUGUUUAAAUACAUUUCUGUAUUGUAAAAUUAUAGUUUUGUUGAUGUCAGUGAACUGGCUAUGUCUUGGAAACAAUUGAGUAUUUGAGAAUCACUGUUAUUAACACCACAAUUAAAGAUCAAAAUGGGCAUGUUCAAGUGGAUAAUAACAUGUGCCUAAUGAAUAUUGGAUAUAAAUGUAAACGCCGCAUUCCUGUGCAACUUUGAAGUGAUGCAGAUUCUUCAGAAGCUGAAAGAUAACACACAGAAGAAACAUAAGCGAGAGGCUUCAUUGGCCACAGUCACCUAUGAAACUGUUCACUAUUUACAAGAUACCGAAUGUAAGAAUCAAAAUGCAAAGUCCAUACAAAAAUUUCUAGAAGCCAUGAAGGUAUACAAAUUGACUAAAGUGGAGAAGUUGAUGAUGGUGAAUACUCCACCAAGAACAGAAUUGGAAAUACAACUGAUAGUGCAAGAGAGUGAAGAAAGGCUGUCAGAAGAACAAGUACAAGAAAUAAUCGCUUUGGUGAAUAAAUACCUUCCGGCCGCGCAUGACAAUACAUGACCUUCGCCCUUGUCGCCUAAACGACCCAAAUAGUGCGUGGGUACAAUCAAUGUAGGGUAACCACUAUCACUUACUUGCGGUUAGAUAUCAGACGUAUUGUGCGUGUAGGCUCGUUACAAUGUAUGCUAGUAUGGCAUGAUGUCUGAUGCCUAAAUAAUUGGAAACUCUUGUACAACCAGACUGAUUUGUACCAGGUUAAGUUACUGAUAAAAGGUAUAAAUUUAUAUUUAAGGUGUAUCGAAAUUAUACAUGCGCGUACGCGUGUUCAAGCACGUAAGAAGGUUUUGUAAAAUCGUCAAUAUACAUUUUAAAAGAGUGCAAAUAUGCCUAACGUGAGGUCUGGAUAUAGCUGUUAUAUUUUCAUUAUAAUUCAGGUAGUUUCAUGCUACAUAAACAGAAUUAAAAGCCUAAAACGUUAGACAACAUACAAUGUUAACAUUAAGCCACUGUUGAAUCAUGUAGAUCAAUAUUUUUUUAAACUGUGAUCACGGAAUAGGUCCUGAUUUAGGAUAGUACAUGAACCAAACUGAUUAACAGCACGUCGCCCCCUGAAGGAUGAGAAAUAAAACUAAAAUUCUCAUUGAAACUGCCCACCUUGUACUAUGUAUUAUAUGACUUCAUGAAUAUAUUCUAUAUUUUCACUGCAAAAGAUGAGCUCAGAACUUGGAAAUUUUUGGCAGGUGGCUCACAACCACUGAUUUGAAUAGUUAUUUAACUAGUUAAUUAUCGGUUACAGUUAUAAUGGCUUAGUUGCAUGUACCAUUUCACAUAUUACAUGGCGUCAAUUCUAAAAACUUGUAUGUCCAGCGGCAUUAAAACUAUAGGUUCGCCACCUAUCAAAUAUUAAACCGGAAAUAUGCUCGGCGAAGUGUGGAUGUUCUAGUUACGUCUCUGCCUACCUUCAGGAGGGUAAAGGCGUAUGCGUAUGUUCUAUAUAUGUAUAUUUUCUUGUAUGUAUACCAAUGUCGUAUUUGAUAUUUCUGUGGCAAAUAUUCUAUUGAUAUGUUUGUAUAAUGUAAUGUAAAUAAUUCAGUAUUUAUUAUGUUAUUUUGUAUUGUAAGGGUUACAAUUUGUACAUAGGUGUUACUUAUAGAUAAGUACAAUAUAGUAAUAUACUUAUUUUGUGGUAGAAUGUAAUAUUGUAUUAUUUCUUCAGGAAAUUAUCUUUUCAAAAUCUGUAUUAAAAAGUAGUUUUAUAUGUCCAAGACUGGUUAAUACCUGCACCAAAUUUUAACUAAAUUCGUUCAGCGAAAUAUCCUAACAUCUUGCUAUCCAACAUCCAAAUUUGUUUACAAAGUAUCGUUUUUUAUACUGGGCCGCUAAUACGCCGGUGGUCUACCAAAACAGUUUUUACCAGUUUUAUACCAGUAUGAUCCAUAUUUAUAGAGCAUCAUAUAUUUUUAAAAGAUUUGUGAGAAAAAAUAUUUAUUUUACCAAUAAAACAAAAGGAGCUAAGUUUUAA